GCAUUUAUACGCGGAGGGGAGGUGGAGGAGUGCGUCCAAUAGCAUGGCCGAGGAGGCGGUGUGUGGUGACACACACACACAGAGCGAGAGGCGGGCUGCAGCAGCCAGCUGUUGGAAAGCAGCGCUCCUGAAUCAUCCGCAGCUUCUGCAUCAGCAACUAUUCCUGUUUGACUGGUCCUGAUCGAGUGGGUGAAACUAAGAAGUAAACAGAGAAAAAGAAGAUCGAGGAACAGGUGUCAGACUAAGAAGAGAAGAGAAAAUGGGAAGAAAGAAAAUACAAAUUUCUCGUAUUCUUGACCAGAGAAAUAGACAGGUGACCUUCACCAAACGUAAAUUUGGCCUGAUGAAGAAAGCUUACGAGCUGAGCGUGCUCUGUGACUGCGAGAUCGCUCUCAUCAUCUUCAACAGCACCAACCGUCUGUUCCAGUACGCCAGCACAGACAUGGACAAAGUUCUGCUAAAAUACACAGAGUACAGCGAGCCACACGAGAGUCGCACCAACACGGACAUACUGGAGACCCUGCGUAGGAAAGGACUCGGACUUGAUGGCUCAGAGCUUGACAGUGAGGAGAGCAUGCAGGUGGCAACAGACAAGUAUCCUCUAAGUGAGGGCAUGGAUCUCUCUGUGGCUCGCCAGCGCUUCUAUGGUCCCUCUCUGCUUUCGCCGGAGGCACAAUUCCUCGUGUCUGCAGGUUGCGAGAAUGGUUUUCCCAAUUCCUCCGGAUCCGGCAUGGCCUCCCACAGACCCCCGAGCUUUAAAUCUCUAAACUCCAGAUCCAGCUCGGCCAGUCCUGCUGCACCCCACGCACACACUGCAUUCAUGUCUCCACACUCGGGUAUCGGCUACUCUGUGUUUUCCCAUGGCAACCUUAAUCGAGCUCUGGACAUGAAAAGCCCUCCUCCUCUGAACGUGGGCACUGAAAACCUGCGGGCAGAUGGUGCUAAUCAGGCCAUGGGGGCCACACGCGCUAACCACAACUCCGCUAGGGGUCUUUUGUACCAGGGCCUGCACAGCAGCAGCUCCAUGGUGGCUAUGGGGAAGGCAGGGCUGCUGAGUCACAGUUUGGGAGGAUAUGGUCUCCCCUCCCCUGGAGCCUCUGAGUACAGCCAGCCUGGUUUUUAUCACUCAGUCAGUUUACAACGAGGAACAGUAAACCCCUGGCAAGCGGCGCAACCACCUCAGGAACCUCAUGGGCCUCAUAUAAAUCCUGUAGAGUCCAGCGGGGGAUGCUCUUUCCCCUCUCAGUCCUGCACUCCAACCUCUCCGCAUCUGCCGUCCCUCAACCUCAGCAUCAAAUCGGAGCGUAGCUCUCCUGAGCACAUGGCCUCACCUACCUCCCCUCCUCUGCACCACCUCAGGCAGCAUUCUCCAAUGAGCAACCCCGAUUCGGCUCGUCAUACCCCUCCAGAUACCCAUCCAGCCAAUGGCACAAAAGAGUUUGCCAAAACCAGCUACCCACAAGACCAAGAGGAAGGAGGGCAGUCGCUCCGGCAGUUAGAGAUGAGCGACGGCUGGCAGAGAUAGCCAGCUGCUCCGCUCUACAACCCACUCUCAGUCAACAUCUGUCUUCAGACAAAACCAGAAAGGGUCGACGUAUGCCUCUCUUUGUCUCCUCACACAGAGCUGGUCUCUCCUGGGCAGUGGAGAAUUCUUCUCUGCAUCACUUGCUUGAUCCCAUGAGGAGAUAGAUGCAUACAGACUUUUGCUUUUUGUUUGGUUAGGGUUAGUUUUCUGUGUGGAGCUAAUGUGAAUCAAAAGUACAAUUUGGAAAUGUGAUUGUUUUCUUGUGACUUUGUUGAAGUUGGCUACAGCAGCACUGUGGGACCACCUGAAUUUCUCUGAAGUGCACAUAUAAAAAAAAAACGUCCGUACAUAUUUAGCCUUCAGAGCAAAAAAAAAAAAAAAAAAAAAAAAAAAUAGGAGGUACUAAAAAAGUAGCUUGACUGGGGUUUUAUGUGAUAAGGUUACACAACAGGGCAUUUAAUUGGAUACGUUCUUAAAAUAAAAGUUUUUUUUAGUUAUCACAGUUUCCUUUCAGAUGUGGAAAUAUCUUCGUAAUGGAAUUUUAAUGAGAGAAAUCUAGGUAUGAAAGCCACUGUCUACUUUUUUCUUUAACAACACAUAAAAUUCAGCUAACAGGAGGUUUCUUCUGUCUGAAUUAUUAGUGUUUGUCCAGACAGUGUUUUAUUGCUGUUGCUUUACAAAGCACCGUCUCAUAUUAAAGCAAAGGCAUCCUUUGUAGAGAAACAAAGAAAAAGGAAGUUUCGCUCUGAAAAUAUCCCAGCUUAAAUCAGACUGCUGUAGCCUCAGAUUGUCUUCCUGUAUCUUGGCCCCCCAUCUCUUACAAAUGAUUCACAACAAAAGAAGAUAUUUGAAGAACUGGAGGGACAUUUUGCAGCAGUAUGGUCUAAAAAAAAAAAAAGAGUUGAAAAAAUGUGAACCCACCCUUUUAAGAUUCUGGGCAUCAGUCUGUGUCAGAGAUGAGGCCGAUGAGCUCUUUGGGAUGUAAAAAUGGUUUUCUUUUUUCAAGUUUUUUUGUUUUUUUAAUCUUUAGUAUUGUUGUAAUGUGAUCAUUUUAUGUUGUCAGAAACACUCACAGCAGUCUGCUAAGACCAAAGUGUUUAAUUAUUGUCCCUAUGCAUUGCACACAAAUACUGCAACAGCCCAAAAAAAUGAUGUAUUUGUCUUUAUUUGGUCGAUUUUUUCUAAAAAGCAGCAAUCAUGUGCUUACUCUUCCUGAAGGGCUUUGUGUAGUAAGUGUUUAGUGUAGAUAUUCCUGUGUUUAUGAUGUGUUACAACACGAGACAAGCUGUACUAGAUGAGUCUAAAUAUCCAUUCAUUUGUUUGUUUAUUAUCCGGGUUUCAUUUAUGUAUACAUUUACGUUUUAAUCUUGUGCACUGGAUACCUCUAUGUCUUUUAGUUUUGCAUUUUCAGUUUCUGAUCUUCAAAUGACAAAAAAAUAAAAAAAAUUUAAAAAGGA